AUGCGGGGUAUCCAAGUGGUCGAAUAUGUCAAGGGGCCUAAAGAGCUGAAGGUAGACGAGCUGGCGGACCCGGAGCCCGGCGCCGGCCAAUAUCUCAUCCAAGUUCACGCCGCCGCAACCAACUUCUUGGUACGUGGCACCGUACCACACCAUAGUGAUAUCCUCCAAAUAGCGGGCAAAUAUCAGAACCAGCCGCCCCUCCCCUGGGUCGCGGGCGCCGAGUUCUCCGGCGUCGUGCUGUCCACGCCCGCCGACAGCAAGUCUCCCCGCUUCCCCGUCGGCAGCCGCGUCUUCGGCGCCAGCCAGGGCGCCUAUGCCACCAAAGUGUGUGCGCGCGAGCACGAGCUUCUGCCCGUGCCGGAAGGGUGGUCCUUCGCCGAUGCCGCCGGCCUCUUCGUCACGGCGCCCACGAGCUACGGCGCUCUAGUAUUACGCGCUGGCAUCAAAGCCGGCGACUACGUGCUGGUCCACGCCGCCGCUGGGGGAGUAGGGCUGGCAGCUGUGCAGAUCGCCAAGGCAUUUGGUGCCACCGUCAUCGCAACGGCAGGAAGCCCGAGGAAGCUCGAGGUGGCCAAGGCUUUCGGUGCUGAUCACUUCGUCGACUACCGCGACGACAAGUGGCCGGACCAGGUCAAGAAACUGACGCCCAAGGGGCGCGGCGUCGACAUUGUGUACGAUCCCGUCGGCAUCGUUGACAAGUCCACCAAGUGUAUCGCGUGGAACGGCCGCAUUCUGGUUGUUGGCUUCGCUGCCGGCAAGAUCGAAAAGGUGGCCAUGAACAAGGUGCUGCUGAAGAAUAUCUCCCUGGUGGGCAUACACUGGGGCGCCUACGCCCGGUUCGAGACCGAGACCAUCCCCGUCGUCUGGAACGGCAUUGGCAAGCUGAUAGAGCAGGGCAAGUUCAAGGGCACCGUGUUUACGGAUCAGGAGUUUGUAGGGCUGGAGAAGAUCCCCGACGCUCUGCUGGCGCUGGGCGGUCGGGAAACCUGGGGCAAGGUUGUCGUCAAAAUCCCUCAGACGGCAGAGAGCAAGUUGUAA